GAUUUGCACAGCUGGAUGAUUGUAUGACUGCCAGGCGUGUCUACAUGCUCAACGGUUUGUUUCACGCCUCACUUCACCUGCAUCAAUUCAACUGCCCACCCGUCAUCACACAUACUCCGUGCUCUCGUGCUGGACCAGGUCAGCCUCAAGUUCCACUAAAAACUGGACGGACUUUCUUUAGCAUUCGAGACACUGCAAUUGUCUCUGCAUCAACAGCCCGCCCAGAUCCUUGUAGGCUGUUGGUUUUACGCCUCACUCCGCGUUUACUGACCUCUCAAUUGCGGUGUGGCGUGUCACUGUUCAUCAAUAGGCUCCUUCGCUUGACUGGAGCGCCACGAGCGCCAAAGAUGCAUCUAACAUGGCCAAGACAUCAGAAGCUUCAACAAUACGAAGUACUCGGUGCGUGGCAGGACCCCUGGGCCCUGUCAGCCCACCUCUAUCCCUAAAAAGCUUCGGAAUUUAGUCAGCAGAGACUCUAUCCAUCCACAUCGACUUAUUUCCUCUUCUGUCUGAGGGUCAACGAGAGGAAUUAUGGGCGAGACAUUGGUGGCUUCUCCCGUCGCAGUUUUCACGUGACACGACUCUCGACAGAUGCCGUUGUACCGUCCUUAGCGUUUAGAACUUCGUCCCAUUUCGCUCUGAUGUCGCCGUUUCUCUGUGGCAAGGCCUCGAGUGAUUUGCUUUUGACAAAUCAUCACGAACGCAGAACACAAAAUCUGCAUUUUAUCUAUUAUGUUAAUAUUAUCCCAUAUUGCUGUUGAAUCUUGCAUUCCCUGAUCCCCUUGACGGCCCUACCGUCUCCUCACAAACUCCUCAACAUGGCUUCGAUUCUGUUUGUGGCCGAUCUCGAGGGCGAUAGGCUGAUGAAACAACAUAUUCUCAGUCAUUCUGCUCGCGUCAGCCACCAACGUCGGAUGGCUGCUAAGGGCGCCUUGUUAGAGAACGACACAGCUCUAGUCCCAGCUAGAGGUAUCAGAUCCAAAUAUGGCCCUCACAAGUUUGUGUCAAACAGUCCAUCACUUGCAAAGCGCUCAGGUCGAAAGGUGCAGAACAUCGGUGUCAUUCGGUCCAUGUUGGAGGCGAGACGCAUGGCAAAACUCCUCCUCGUAGAACCCACUCCCCCUCUCUGUUUCCCACCCAAUGCAGCUGACGAGGCAUACGCCGGUCAUGAAUACUUCGACUUUUAUCUGAACAAUGUCGUUCCAAUUGGUGCAUAUGCCUACGAACCAUUCAACAUCUCCAGUGUCUUUGGCACCGAUUUCAUCCAGGUGCUCGCCGAUCGGCAGGUCUUUCACCCAAUCACCACUCUCAUUCAAGGACUCAUGGACCAAGCCUCGAGCCGUACAGCGUCCGAGUCAUCGAAAUUACUCGAGAGUAAGGGCAAAGCAUUGUCUCUCAUCCGAAAAAGUCUUGCCCGAGAAGACAAUGCAGUUGACAAUCUCGCAAUCAUGGCAGUAGCUUUCCUUGCUGCUGUGGAGAGUUUCUUUGGGGAUACAGCUCCACACGCUGUUCAUCGUCGAGUUCUUGGCUACAUGGUCACUGCUGCUGGAGGACUCGACUCUCUGGAUUACAAUACAAGACACACUGUUUGCGAGUCAGUAGUCCCCCUGGUCUUGCCCUGUCUACAACUUAUCUUGUGUUAACAUUCCCAGAUUCGAGAUGGCCUGGGCGCUACAGACAGGUUACUCUGUGAUUGACUAUGAGCCCCCCACUGGCACACAUGAAGAAACUCUACGCCAUAUUCCAUAUCAGGCACCCUUGCAGCCUACCACGGAAGAUAUUCCAGCAGGAUUCCUUGACCUUGUUGAAGCCGGGAGAAUGAGCUCGGAGAAUCUAGAGACUGUCGAGAAGAUAAGCCGUAUUCAUCGACUGACCGCAAAUGCGAAGCAACUGAAAUCGGCUAAGAUUGACCUGAGCUCCAAGAACAGAAAGUAUAGUCAUUAUUGGGAGGCUUUCCCACAACUCCGACCGAACUACCCAUCUACACUGACUCUAGACGAAGUCCUUCAACUUGCUUUACUUCAAUACUGUUGUUUCACCAUCACGCCGUCCAGACCAUGUCGAUCACUGUACGAGUCAAGUAAAAUCAAAAUUAGCACACACCUGUGCUCCAUAGAUGAUGUCAAUGUCUUCUCACUAGCCGAGUAUCGGUGUAUCAUCUGGGUAUGCAUGAUCGCCAUCUAUGCCUGGCAUGGACCAUCCAACUCCAUAAAGAAACCCGGACAGCUUCUUCUUGAUCAUAUCAAGACACACUACCCAUUUAAAGCACUCCAGUGGAAUGCCCUGGAAGACGUUGUCAAACAAUUUUAUUGGACAGAAGCCCUGAUCGCUUUUUGCAAGUACCAGUGGGAACUAGGACAAGACUGGGAAUGUGUUUAGGUGAACAUAUCAAAAUAGGAGAGCUGUGCAGCCACGUUUUGACUAUAAUAGAUUUACCGGCAGACGUCGGUGUAUCCAAUGACUCGCCAAACGGCUUCAG